CAUUUUUCUCUUUUCCUGUCAAGUUCACCACAUUAACUAAACGCAACAACAAAAUGGCAGCAAAUAAUGUCGAGAAUAAGCCAAGAAGUAUGACGGCCGGUGCACGUAACGUGCUACGAUCCAACGAUUCUGCUAGUUUGUGGAAUUGUACCUUGUCACCAGGCUGGAGUCAGGAUGAAUCCGAAAUUCUACGAAAAGCACUCAUGAAGUUUGGCAUUGGUAAUUGGGCAAAAAUUAUCGACAGUGGCUGUUUACCCGGUAAAACCAACGCACAAAUGAAUCUUCAGUUGCAACGAUUACUUGGACAGCAAAGUACAGCGGAGUUUGCGAGUCUGCAUAUUGAUCCCAAAGUGAUUGGUGAACGCAACUCAAAAAUCCAAGGUCCUGAUAUCAAACGAAAGAACAACUGUAUUGUCAACACGGGCGGCAAAUUGUCGCGCGAAGAGCUACGACAGCGUGUGAUAAAGAACAAGGAAAUGUACGAGUUGCCCGACUCGGAAUGGAAAGAUAUCGAACUUCCAAAAACUGAAGAUCCUGUGCUCCUACUGGAAGCGAAAAAGGAAGAACUGCGGCACUUGAAGCAGCAGCUGGAGAAGGUACAAGGCAGGAUCGCGCAGAUGCGCAAGGUACAGCCUGCACGAGUCAAAGAGCUCCAGGUAAGUUGUAUAGAGCAUAGUGUGGUGACAGGGCAAGAUGGGGGAGGACUAUUUCAUUCUCUAACGCAACAAUGGAUCGUUUGGCUCCAUAGGAAGUGGUCAAAAACGAAGCAUAAAAAUAGUUAUCUCCUCUUUUCUCCUCCUCCUCCUUUUCCUUUAACACUUUACCCUCAUCACCCUUUGCAAACAACAGCGACGAAUGCAUAUCAAACAAACAUUAAAGAUUCACGAUCAUUCCUUGGCAUUAAUGACACAGGCACAUCAUCCACCGAUACAACCAGAUACUUGGUACUUGUUGAAACUUUCACUGAAAGGAGAGGAUAUGAGGGAAGAGGGGCUGACAUCAUACCAAAUGAGGCAACCAUCGCCACUGCUGCUGAGCCUCGCAUUUGCGCAGCCGAAAAAUAAAAUAGAGUAAAGUAAGGUCCGCAUGACGAGUGUUAUUAACAAGGUAGUGCGCUCGUUCGAACUUGCUCUAAGUACCCUGCCAUAUCAGUGAGCAACUUGUACAUAUGGAAACAAGGUCAGGUAGAAGGGGGAGGAGAAAGAAUACAAAUAUGUGUGGAUGCUCAAGAGAAAAAUGGCGCGUAUACGUAGUAGUAGUAAUAGUAAUAGUAGAUUAUGCUGCUGUCUUGGCUUUUCGUGCAUUACACAAACACGCACAGCAC